AUGCCCCACGAAGAAUGGUUGCAGUCUCUAACUUCAUCAGUCCCUCGCUUUUUCAACGUCCUAUCAGGACGGUGUACCUUGGUGUUAUCGGAGCAAAUCCUCGAGUGUAGUAAAACUAUUCUCAGUGCUCAAAGUCCAGUCUUGGAGGAGUACUUUAUGAGCAGUGAGAGAGACAUAAAUGCGCUUAUUGUUGAGAGAAGAAAGAGGUACCUAGCCGGGGAGGAAGUGGACGGGGUUGAUGAAGAUUAUCACGUUCCUGAUGAUGAUAAUGAUGAUGAUGAGAAUGAUGAAACUUCAGUUUUGGUUUUAACAGAUUAUUACGGAUACGACGAUAUUCUCAGUGAUUUUUUCAGAUCAUUUUACACCGGGGAAAUCUCUGUGAACUCUGAAACUUAUCGUGUAACCCUUAAACUUGCCUGCAAAUAUGAGGUUUCUUGGGUCAUAUCAGAGUGCUAUAUGGACGUUCCAGAUGAUAUAGAAGAAGUUAACCUGGUCCGAACCAAAGAGGACGCAGUAAACUGGCUGGUGGAAAUGACCGGUUGCUCAGUGGGACAUGCUCAGAUUGCUCUGACACGGUCUGGUGGUGACAUAUCUGACGCUCUUGAUGUACUUCCUAGCAUUCAAAACGAACCUCCGCCGACUACAGAUCAAGAGGUAAGACGACUCAUCGAUGCAGCGGAUGCCAGAACAUCAUAUUCAAUUGAAGAGACGGAAACUACUCCGGGACAAGAAACCAUUGAAAUAUCUGACGAUGAAUCUGGUGAGAAGAUGAUUGAUAACGCUACUGAAAAUGAUGGUGGUGGUAUAGAGGGUUCAGCCGGCAGAAUCUCCAAGAAACUUGAUGUUUCAGUUGAACGAGCCAGGGCAGCUUUAAGACUGGCUGGAAAUGACGAGCAAACGGCAGUUGAUAUUAUUGAAAGGCAACUCAAAAAGAGAAAAAGGCCUGCAGAACCGUCCGUUGCAGAUAUAAAGAUCACCGAUCACUCUCCGCCGCCUGAGGUUACUCGCGGACCAUGGGAACUAACUCUGUUAUCAUGGAAUGUGGAUGGUUUGUGUGAGAGAGGUAUUUCAGAGAGGUUCAGUGCUGUUAUUUCAGAGAUAAAAACUAUUAAUCCACAUGUUGUGAUGCUACAAGAGGUGGUAACUGAGCAAGUUGAGCGUCUCAGAUCCUCACUAGGACGAUCCUACGACCUGACCUUUGGAGAUAGAUCUUCACCCUACUUCAACGCUCUACUUAUCACCAGGAAAGUUGGUAGCCUGAAGAUACUCGAUAAAACUGUUAAAAAGUUUCCUUCUACCAUAAUGGGGAGACAUUUCGUUCAGGUGGUCUGUGAGUUACACAACAAAAAGUUUGAAUUUGUAACUUCUCACUUAGAAAGCAUGAAAGAUCACUCCAAGGAGAGGACCAGUCAAAUGGAUAAGGUAUUGGAGUUCAUCACGAGAGAAAGUACGCCAAGAAUAUCAAUAUUCGGGGGUGACAUGAACAUCAGAGACUUUGAAAUGAACAGAAUAAAGAAUGUGCAGAACUUUGACGACCUUUGGGAAGUAACGGGUAGAGACAACACUACGCGGUACACGUGGGACACAUCAGCUAACUGCAAUACUGGAGCUCCCUACAAGAGCAAACUCAGAUUUGAUAGGAUAUAUCUCAGGAAAUCAGCGGAGUGCAGACCAACUUCUUUCUCUCUGGUUGGAAAGACCAUGCUGCAAAGCUGCGACAUGUUCCCCAGUGACCACUGGGGACUUCUAGCACGAUUCACUGUCACGUGAUAAUGAGGGAUGACGUCAUGUGAUAGUAAGUGAUGGCGUCACGUAAACGUAUCAUUCCAGUCAACAUUGCGGCUUGUUGAUCUUGGAGUUGGGUAUCUUAUUAUUUUUAGUUCAACAUAGUUAUUGGUAAAUUGUUGUUUUUGAUAUAAUUAAGCAAACCCUUUACAUUUAUCAGAAAUAUCAAAUACCCAUUUUUGGAUGAAGUUUUUAAAAUUUUUCCGUGAAUUUUGCGAUAUUUUGUAACGGAACAAUGUGCUACGUAAUUCAAAAUACUAUUGAUUAAAUUUAU